AUCGAUUUGUGUGAAAUUCACAUAUUCCAUUAGAAUUGUAACGAGGUUUCAUUAUAUCUAGUACUUCUUUGAAGCAGUAGUAGUCAUAAAAACAAUUUGAUUAUCGUUAUCAAGAAGUAAUCUUUGCACUUGAUUUGAUUCGGUCAAGUCAGUUUCAAGGAAGUAUCAAAUCAAUCACCAAAAGUCUGUUGUACUUUAGGAACGCCUGCACCCAUGGGAACUUCAAGCUGGAAUAAAUUUCUUCUUCUACUGUGGAAGAAUUGGAUUAUACAAAAGCGACACUAUGUGCAAACAUUAUUUGAAAUUAUUAUACCGGCGAUUUGUUGUGCCGUGCUGAUUCUAGUUCGAGGACUGGUUGAUCCUGAGGUAUUCAGUAACUCAACUAUCUGGGACUCGUUGCCAACGGAUACUAUUGAGCAUAUGCUUCCCGAUGCCAAUCCCGAGAUCAAUCCACCUAUAAAUUAUAUGUUCGCAUAUUCUCCUCAGUCAGUGUUAGUUGACAGAGUUGUUGCAAAAGCUGCCUUGCAAAUACGAGAACCUUUGAGCAUUCUACCGUUCACAAAUGCUCUUGAGAUGGAAAAUUUUCUACGUAGUAACAAUACGUUAGUGGGAAUUGAAUUUCCCGACAAUUAUCGAUCAAUAAUAACACUUCCCGAGAAAGUUACCUACGCGUUACGAUUUCCAUCGGAGAUGCGUACAUUUCAAGACGACUUCACCGCUUUUUGGGCAAACUGGUAUACUGAACUGAUGUUCCCACAAUUUCAAAUGGCUGGAGCCAGAAACAAUGAUAGAGCCGAUGCUGGGUACCCGGCCAACUAUUUCAACGAGUCCUUCAUCGCAGUCCAGAGCGCAGUCGAUCGUGCGAUCAUAUCGGAGCAUGAUCCAACUUUAGAGAUUCGACCUGUUUUCCUUCAGAGAUAUCCAUAUCCACCGUACUACAGUGAUCCGCUAUUAACAGGUUUAGAGAAUCUGUUACCUCUAAUAAUCGUUAUCGCCUUCUUUUAUUCCGCUAUCAACAUCGUAAAAUACAUUACGGUGGAGAAAGAACGACAACUUAAGGAAACAAUGAAGAUCAUGGGAUUAUCCAGCUGGUUGCAUUGGUCAGCGUGGUUUGUCAAAUGUAUCCUGCUGCUCACAGUGUCGAUUUCACUGAUUAUAAUUUUGCUAUGCGUCGAUCUGACAACCAACAGUGAGUUAGCCAUUUUCGAAUACGCGCACUGGACCGUAAUUUGGAUGUAUUUGCUAGUCUUCAGUAUAACGACAAUAUGUUAUUGUUUCAUGAUGAGUACGAUAUUUUCAAAAGCAAAUCUUGCCGCAGGAAUUUCCGGAUUAAUUUGGUUCAUCAUGAUCGUACCGUAUAACAUUGCCUUUUUAAACUACAGCAAAUUGUCACUGGCUGUAAAACUGACACUUUGUAUAUUUUCCAACUCAGCAAUGUCGUUCGGUUUCAUGCUGAUGAUGAGACAUGAAGGUACCUCUAACGGGCUUCAAUGGUCAAACCUUUUCGAAACGGUAACUGUAGACGAUAACUUCACCGUAGGUCACACGCUUGUAAUGCUCUUGGUGGAUGCAUUCAUCUAUUUGCAAAUCGCGUUAUACAUAGAAAGGGUAUUUCCGGGCGAGUUCGGUGUAGGGCAGCGUUGGUAUUUCCUUUUCACCAAAAAAUUCUGGUCUAAAAAAUCGAAAUUAUCACAUGCUUUAGAUACAAACAUGAAGGACACAAGUAACGAAAACGUGGAAUCUGAUCCUUCAGAUAGAAGGGCAGGAAUACAAAUACGUCACCUUCGAAAAGUGUUUAACAAAACCAAGACUGCUGUGAAUGGGCUUAGUAUGAGCAUGUUUGAAGGCCAGAUAACUGUUUUAUUGGGUCACAACGGAGCAGGAAAAACAACAACUAUGUCCAUGUUAACGGGUAUGAUUUCACCUACCUCGGGUACUGCCAUAAUUAACGGGUACGAUAUCACUACGGAGAUGGACGCCGUACGAAGCUCAAUGGGAUUGUGUCCUCAGCAUAACAUUUUGUUCGAUGAGUUGACCGUCGCGGAACAUAUUGAAUUUUUCGCUAGACUGAAGGGCGUUCCAAAAAAGAACAUCAAGUGUGAAGUCGAACAUUUCGUAAAAGUACUGGACCUUACCGACAAAACCAAUAUGCAGUCACAUACUUUAUCGGGAGGAAUGAAAAGAAAACUGUCGGUCGGUAUUGCUCUUUGUGGGGGGUCAAAAGUAGUACUCUGUGACGAGCCAACGUCAGGGAUGGACCCAGCCGCUCGUAGAGCUUUGUGGGACUUAUUGAUCAAGGAAAAGAAAGGCCGUACAAUAUUGCUUACCACACAUUUUAUGGAUGAAGCGGACAUCCUCGGAGACAGAAUUGCAAUUAUGGCAGAUGGUGAGCUGAAAGCUGCAGGGUCAUCGUUCUUUCUGAAGAAAAGAUUUGGCGUUGGGUACAGAUUGAUUUGUGUGAAAGGAGAAAACUGUUGCGCUGAAGACUUGAAAGUGUUCCUAAGAAAAUAUAUUCCAGACAUCGACGUGGAUACAGAUAUUGGGACGGAGCUUUCUUUUAUUUUAAAUGAAGAAUACACGGAACAUUUUCAACAUAUGUUGAAAGAUUUGGAAGAAAAUACGGAAGGAUUGAACAUUAGAAAUUAUGGCAUAUCUUUGACAACGAUGGAAGAAGUAUUUCUUAAAGUUGGAAGCGAUUCUCAUGCUUUAACCCAAAAACCUUUAACCGAAAAUGGGGAAUCGAAUGAAAUUUUAAACAACUCGUCGACGGUUAGACUUAACGUCGAAAGAGAUGCCUUACUGAGUGGAUCCAAAUUAGUCUUCAAUCAAAUUCGGGCCAUGUUCAUGAAGAAAAUAAUCUCCACUAAACGAAGUUGGAUACAGCAACUGGUCCAGAUUCUCAUUCCUGUAUAUUUUGUGGUUGUCACUGUCAUUGUAGUACGAUCGUUUCCAGGAAUAACUGAGCUUCCACCACUUCCGAUAUCCAUACAAAAUUACUCAACAACGACGACUCUUUUACGCAUAUCACAGACAGAAAACGAAGUACUAAUAGGUUAUCAGAAGGUUUUUGAAAAUUUUCGUUCAUCUCAUCGGUUACAAUUAAUCGAUCACGACGUCAUUGACGAAAUUUUGUCUUUGUCAGUUGCUAACAUUGGACGUGUCAAUCGAGAGUUUAUGGUAGCCACAUCUGUGACAGAUACGAACAGUACCGUUUGGUUCAAUCCUCAGGGAUUCCACACAGCGCCUCUGGGAAUCGAUUUUCUGUACAAUGCAUUACUGAAAUCUACGUGCAACAAUUGCGAAAUACGUGUAAUUAAUAAACCACUUCCAUAUAGGCCCAACACUAGGUUUACGCAACUUCAGGCUGGCAACAAUUUGGGAUUCCAAUUAUCAUUCAACACCGGUUUCGCAAUGUCAUUUAUCGCAGCCAUGUACAUAAUGUUCUACAUCAAGGAGCGAACAUCGCGUGCGAAACUUCUACAGUUCGUCAGUGGAGUCAACGUCGUCAUUUUCUGGUGUGUAUCUUUCAUAUGGGAUUACUUCACCUUUGCGAUCACGUCACUAGUCUAUUUGGGUACACUGGCAAUCUUUCAAGAAGAAGGUUGGACAACUGUUGAGGAACUUGGACGCGUUUUUUUAAUACUUGGUGCUUUUGGAUUGGCUUUCCUGCCAACAACGUACAUCUUCUCGUUCUGGUUUGAAAUUCCGUCGACAGGAUUUGUCAAGAUGAUGAUGCUAAACAUUUUUACCGGAACUAUAUUUUUCACGGCCGUAUUCCUGUUACAAUUUGACGCAUUUAAUUUAAUUGAUGUGGCACGUUCUCUAGAAUGGGCGUUCAUGAUAUUUCCUCUAUUUUCGCUGAGCGAAAGCUUGAGUAAUAUGAAUGUUUUGGCUACAACGCGUUCUGUGUGUAAUCAACAAUGCCAAACCAUUCCGUUUUGCACCGAGCAACUAAUGUGUGAGCUGUUUUCCAACUGUUGCGAUACUAGAAUAUUCACUUGGCAAUCACACGGUGUGAAUCGUCAGAUUAUGUUCUUGAUUUAUGUGGGAAUCAUUGGAUUUGCGACACUGAUUGCAAUUGAAUUAAGAUUGUUUGAGAAUAUCUUUAUGUUUGGUGCCCAUUCUAAGUCUUUCGGACAAGAUACUUUAGAUGAUGACGUUCGCAAUGAGAAAGAACAAGUUUCAGCAUUGUCGCAUGGGGAAAUAUUGAAGCACAAUUUGGUUCUGCGAGGAUUGACCAAGUAUUACAAGAGAUUGCUAGCAGUCAAUCAACUUAGUUUAUCAGUUAGGCAUACAGAAUGCUUUGGACUUCUGGGUGUUAACGGAGCUGGCAAAACUUCUACUUUUAAAAUGUUGACAGGUGAUGAAAGCAUAUCAUUUGGUGAGGCAUGGGUUAAAGGAAUUGAUCUGAGAACACACAUGAAUCUGGCUCAUCAAUAUAUAGGUUAUUGUCCACAGUAUGACGCAGUAUUGGAUGACCUAACUGGUCGGGAAACUUUGAAAAUGUUUGCAUUGAUAAGAGGGAUACCCGAUGGCGAUAUAACUUUAUCCUCGGAGCAAUGGGCACAAGAUCUCAACUUUCAGCAACACAUCGAUAAAAGGAUCAAAGAAUACAGUGGUGGUAAUAAGCGAAAACUCAGCACUGCGCUUGCAUUGUUGGGCAAUCCUGACGUGAUAUAUCUAGAUGAACCAACGACUGGGAUGGAUCCGGGAUCGAAACGACAUCUGUGGAACGUUAUACUUAGAAUAAAAGAAACAGGCAAAUCCAUUAUCCUCACUUCGCACAGCAUGGAGGAAUGUGAAGCGCUUUGCACUAGGUUGGCAAUUAUGGUGAAUGGAGAAUUCAAAUGUAUUGGAUCUACACAGCACUUGAAAAGUAAAUUUUCUAAAGGAUAUUUUCUUACGGUGAAAAUUAAAACUUCAGAGUCUAAUGAACUAAUAAUCCUUAGAAAGAAUGCAGUAAGGUCUUAUGUGGAGCAGAAUUUUGGAGAUGUUACAUUGAGAGAGGACCACCAGGAUACCCUAGCGUAUCACAUCGCUCCGUCAAUAUUGAAAUGGUCAACGAUGUUCGGCUUGAUGGAAAAUGCCAAACGAACACUGGAAAUCGAAGACUAUGCGUUGGGUCAAACAUCGCUGGAACAGGUGUUUUUGCUGUUUACAAAAUAUCAACGAGUGUCCGACGGUAAAUGAAUUGAGGAGCAAGUUUCGACAUGCGCUCAAAUAAACGCCCCAAAAAGACUUCUUUGUUGGAUGAAGGCAAAUGACGGAAAAUAUAUGUUGGAAGUACUUAAUUUCGUGAAACACCUAUACAUACAAUUUUUGACCCCUUUUCUC